UGUGCGCUGUGUCACUUCUCUUCUGUUCUCUGUGCCAUAACCUCAAACAGAAAUCAGAGGGUUCGUAAGAGGUAGCUGAUCGAGGGAAGGGAGAGAGAGAGAAAGAAAGAGAAAUGUCACCCACAUGGAUGUUUAUUGAUCGCAACAUAAUUCGGAUGUAAUCAACUCGUAUUGAUCAGUAUUUAUUUUUCUUUCUCCAAUAUAAUGAUACACGGAGAGAUGUUAGAUGCAGUGUGACUCUCACUGGAGCCCUUCACUUUGGAUUUUAUCCUCAACUGAGAUCAGCGGAUGGAUUCCUAUUUCUGUUUCCUCUACUCUAGGAAUAAAUCAAAUGAAUGUUUCGUUCUAUAAUAAAGAGAACGAUAACAAAUAAAGAUUAUGUGGUAUAAUUAAUGAAUAUUUACUUGGAUCGUUAUACUUCUUGUGAUCGAAUAUAUUGGUGGAUAUUAACAAGCAUCUCCGAUAGACCACAGCUAUUCUAAUAUAUAGUUAUUUGAUUUAUAAAGCGUACCUUUCGGAAUUGGAUUUAGCAUAAAUUCAAUGCAAAUCAAAAGUCUUUGUUUAAGGAGGACGGAGCGUAGAAAGAUGGCUUUGUGGUUGUACGUAGUUAGUGUUUUUGUGAUUAUGGGGUUUGACAGCUGCCUGGGAGCCCGUACUGGAAUCAGUAUGUUUGCGGCCCAAGACUCCCGGCGAGACCCAUGCUACGGGGAGAACAACGUCCCUAAACGGUGUGAGCCAGACUUCGUCAACGCUGCUUUCCAGGCCCCCGUGGAGGCUUCAAGCACGUGUGGGGAUCCUCCUAGUCGUUUCUGUGCCUUGUCAAGUGGCGCAGAAGGUGAGAGGCAGAGGAACUGUUUCAUCUGCGAUGAGAGUCAUCCGAAGCGACGUCAUCCAGCUUUAUACCUGACCGAUCUACACAACCCCAACAACCUAACCUGCUGGCAAUCAGAGCCAUUCACCCAAAGCCAGCAUAAUGUUACCUUGAAACUAUCCCUGACAAAGCGAUUCGAGAUCACCUACAUCUCCAUGGAAUUCUGUUGGCUUCAUCCGGACUCCAUGGUCAUCUACAAGUCACAGGAUUUCGGCAAGACAUGGCAACCCUAUCAGUACUACUCGAGCCAGUGCCGAAAGACCUACGGGAUGCCUAAGAAUGCUGUCAUCACCAAGCAGAACGAGCAGGAGCCAGCCUGCACGGAUAUCCAUAGUUCGGAUCUUAUCGCGGGUUCCCGAGUAGCCUUCAGCACCCUGGAAGGGCGCCCUUCCGCUUACGACUUCGACAACAGCCCCGUCCUGCAGGACUGGGUUACGGCCACCGAUCUCAAGAUCGUCUUCAAUAAGCUCCCGGUCCUGAACGAGGACGAGGACGAGAACCCCCGUGAGAGUCUUUACUACGCUCUGUCGGACCUCUCUGUUGGUGGACGUUGCAAAUGCAACGGACAUGCGUCUAGUUGUGGCCCAGGACGGGACGGGGAGAUGGAGUGUGACUGCAAACAUAAUACAGCUGGCAGAGAAUGUGAACUUUGUAAGACGUUCCAUUACGACAGACCAUGGGCAAGAGCUACCUCAAAGGAAGCCAAUGAGUGCAUACCAUGUAACUGCAACCUACACGCACGCAAAUGUCGUUUUAACAUGGAGCUUUACAAACUGUCGGGGAGAAAGAGCGGUGGGGUCUGCCUGAAAUGUCGCCACAACACAGACGGGAGAUACUGUCACUACUGUAAGGAAGGAUUCUAUAGGGAUCAGUCUAAGCCUAUCACACACAGGAAAGUUUGCAAAGGUGAGUGAAUCAGUGAACAAAAUAAUGAACAGUAGAAUAUUUAGCCGUUUUAUUAUAUAAAAAAGAUAUCUGCGCGAUGCAAAAAAAGCUAUUUAAGUCUCUAUAUAGCCUCUUCAUAUUGCAUUAUUUUCACAAAAUAUUAACAAUGAUUCAUUGUCAUAAAUAAUUGUAACAAUUUUACCACAAAAAAGUGUAAAAUAAUGAUUCCCUAAAGCUUUGCGUUUAUCUCCAAUAUGUCAACAUCUACCUUAGACAAACAAGUUUAUUUAUAAAACGAAACGUCAAAAGUAGUGUAUUUUCAUUUAUAAUCAUUUAUGUAUAUUAACACGGAUAACCAUCUAACCUUGGCAUCGGCUUAGAAUUCAGUAACACUUCAGAAUCAGUAAAUAUACAUGUACAAAACACAUUUUACACACUUGCAAUGAGGUCCAUUCAAUACCAAGUGAAGAAACAGUUGAAUGGUAAGUAUCCAUUCUCCGUUGCACUAUUGAGGCUGUGUAACACGAUGGCAAAUGAGCUUGUCAGGUCUCCGUUGCCACCGAGAAGUGACAAGCACCAUCCUUCUUGGCUGUCGAGCCCUGAUCCGUGGAUUCUUUAUGAGUUUGGUGAGGGUUAAUGGAGUUCAAGCAUCUCCGACCUUGACACAAAGAAGAGCCAAGGGGGUAGAAAUCGGGUUAGAACAUCACCAAUUCGAAACAGAGCAAACCUAGAGCCAGACCCUUCAAAUAUUGCGGUCUAAAGAAACUGGAACAGAAGCCUGGUUUAAGUCUAUUUUAAACAUAAUUUUGACUCUGUUACAAUUAUUCCAUGCCAGCUCAAGCUAUUAUGACGUCAACAUUUCUGUUCAAAAGCAAUUCGUAAUGUAACCCAGCUCCUUCGGCCUCUCUCCGUUUUCAAUCUACUACAUUGCUUACACUGGAAAUGCAAAUGUUUUGCAUGUAUUAGCCAGGUUGCAAGACCAAUAUGAGUCAAUAUGCGCUUAAUACAAUUAAUUACCCUUUCUGAGAAUAUUUGGAACCAAUUGACAGAUUGACAAAAAGAAAUCAAUGACAAUUAAAGGCCGUUUAUAAAAACCAAAUUAAUUGAAAUUAUUAUGAAAAUUUUCCACAUUUCCGUAUUUCCACAUUUAGCUACCCCCCCCCCCCCCCCCUCUAUAUUUCCCAUUCCUUUUAUCUACCUUUCCACUAUCCCUAUCUGUGUCACGGUGCGCUGUCCACACCACUCAGUCGAUAUUAAGGUCAUUGUUUCUCGCUACUGUUUCGCAUCAUCUCAAGUGCCGAAAGGUUUAAUUUACCCAUGUAGGAUAUACCCGCGAUCAAUUUUCGAUGCCAAGGUUGUCGAAAUUAUACUUUCCCGUUCGCUGAAUUGAAUAACUUUGACUUUGUUUUAGUUGGCACCGAGUUAACCACGAGGUAUUUGGGAAAUAAAUAAGUCAGUGUUUUCGUUACCUUAUCCUGGGAUGCUAAGCUUGCGACUCGCAAUAUUAUUUAAACAGAAUAAUAGGUAUAAACCUAACUCAGCAUAUUAUCAAAUAUCAAUAUCAAACAUUCAAUUUCAAUUGCAAAAUGAUGAUUGAUUCUAAAUUUCCAAUGCAUUUGAGAGAUUUAUAUUCCACAUCGUUCAGUGGUUAAGUGUCCAUGUCUCAACGCUUUCGUCUAGUUGGGGACACGGGUUCGAAGCCGCGUUAAAGUGUAUAUAGUGUCAUUUUCGGCAUAAAUGGUCAAAACUUAAUUGCCAUUAUAAACUUCUCAGAGAAGACCUUAAGCCAUUUUUUUUCUACUUGCUCGCUCACAAACAAACCUACAUACCUUUAUCAAAAUGAAAGUGAAAAAUAUGGCAUUAGUUUGUUGAAUGUCGAGUGUGGGAUGAUCAAAAUGCAUUAGGCACUAUAGGAAGAAAACAAAAACAUUAACUGCACAUGACAGUGAAUAGUGUGCAAGCCACCACUUACAACCUAGACACCCCGUUACGUAACGCCACUUCUAUUCCAGAUAGGCCGACGUCUUUGUAAUAUUUGGAUAAGGGUUACAUUUUAAGACAAAUUGCGGAUCAUGCCUGAAUUCUCUACUGGUUAACAAUUCGUAUAGUUGUGCAUAUUAAAUUUACUACACUCUUUUCCGUAAAUCAAUUUCGUCCUGUAUUAUUACUACCAUGUACCCUACUGUCUGUGAAUUGUAUUCGGUUCUACCUCACUGUACGCCUCAAGCAGUUUCAUCUAACAGCAACACAUGAUUCCAUCGAUCACGCCCACCAUCCCUGUCUAAAUGUGACUUUGGGACUCUUAACCCCUUCCUUAUUCCUUUAUUUUGUCGGUGGCCACACACACCUUAAGAUGGUUUCAAUAACCCACGUGAUUCAUUUAUUCCAAAAUUUACUUAAUAUUUGGAUACGGGUUUUUUUUACCCACAAAAAAAUGUAGGCCUAUACGCAAUGUCGUUUUGAAUUUUGGAAGAAGUUUACUUCCUAGAUCAUGAGAGAUUUUUGUCAAUAUUAUAUCCACUAUUUUACAAAACUGUAAUUUCCCCCACAAAUCACACACAUAAUUAUAUUCCGUUAUAUUUUUUUUUUCAUAUUCUUUCUCAUAUUUUAUUGUUUAUUUUCUUUGUUGAUUGAAAAGUUCAAAUAUAGUGUCAUGUUCACAUAUGCUUUGUAACAUAUUGCACUCGAGUAGGCUCAUAUGUCAGGUCAUGCAAAUUGAACUGAACUGUCACAGCCCUAAUAAUGCCAAUGCCCCACCCCCUCUCUAUCUCUCUCUCUCUUAUUGGUGGUAUGAAUUCCUAUCAUCAUGAUGAUCAUUAUGUUAAUGAUUUUGCGAAAUAAACAAGUAUUUCAAAUGAUAUUCCUGAUAUUCAACUGGAAAAAGAAAUUGGAUGCAUUCAUAAUGUUGGUGCAAACGCCAAAUAUACCAUUUUCAUGUAGUUUGUUUGGCUACAGAACAAAAUUAGUGAUGCAAAUUAUAAGUGUUUGGACAACUAUUCCCAAAAAGGAUAGCGAUUUUCAUUGCUUCGAAAAUAAGCAGUGGACAUUAUUUCAAAACUUCUUUUUGUCAGGAGACUUUUAUCUUCGUCAUCCUCUUCGUCAUGCUACAUUUAUACAAACGAUACCGACUCCAAAUCAACCGAUGGUAUGUCAUUGGAAGUCAAGGACCCGUAUUGUGAAGUCAGGUUUAUCUUAGUCCAUAGUCUAACUAUGUGCUAGAAUUAUGGAAAGCCAAAAAUGUCAUAAUUUUUUUAGUUACAUUAUAUGUUUUUAUUGUGAUCUUACCUAAUUUAUGAAUUGUGAAGAAAGAUAUCUUAUUUAUCCUUCCGAGAAACAGUUAAGAAUGAUUUGAGAGAAAAAUUAACUGAUACAUUGAAAUUCUACUGUUAGUGAUUUAUGCCACUAUUGGCUAUCCAUAGUCAAUUUACACAUUUAAACCAGAGUUUGAAUUAAACCCGACUUCAGGACACGGACCAAUGAGGGUUCUGUGGUCGGAAAAGAGUCUAUUCUGUCGGUGUGACUGUGUCAUAAAGUAAAUAUUCGCUCACACCCUCCGCUUCAAGUCCAUUGCCUUUCCUAAGAGACACCACUCAUGUUUAAUUGACAAAUAUGAUCAGUAACUCGAUUGUUUGAGGAACUGGGUCCAGUCAUCAGACUUGAGCUUGGCAUGUUAAGAGUGACAGGGCUCCUGUCGCCAUGAAGACUGCAUUGUACCCAUGAUCCUGACGAGCUAACAGAUAGAGGAC